CACACACAAAGUAAACACUAUGGAUAUGGAUCAAUCUUUUGAUACAAACUGGCUUCUCUUUGCAUUUCCCGCUCUUUUGAAAACCCAAUAUGCGCUUGAUCCUGUCCUUUUCAUUGCCAUUUUGGUGGCAUUUUCAACAUCUGCUGUGAUUCUGAGCUGGGCCUUCACUCCUGGAGGCCUGGCAUGGAAAAAUGGCCUGAACAAGAGAGGCAAGGUUCCGAUCCCUGGACCUCGCGGCCUGCCCUUCUUCGGGAGCUUGUUCGGCUUGAGCAACGGCUUGCCACAUCACACCCUGGCUCGCAUGGCCUCUGGCCAAGCUGCCACUCAGCUCAUGGCUUUUAGCCUAGGACCCACCCCAGCCGUCGUCACGUCCAAUCCACAAAUAGCCCGUGAGAUCUUGACCUCGCCCCACUUUGCUAACCGCCCUCUAAAGCAAUCCGUGAAGAGCCUCAUGUUCGGCCGGGCCAUAGGGUUUGCGCCGGGUGGCACAUAUUGGCGGCUCCUGAGGAGGAUAGCCUCAGCUCACCUCUUCGGGCUGAAGCACAUUGCUGCUCACGAAGCCGAGCGUCAGGUGGACUCUGGCUUCAUGCUUGAAGCCAUCGAGAAAGAACAAUUCCUUAAAGGGGUUGUUGUGUUGAGAAAGCAUCUCCAAAAUGCAGCUCUCAAUAACAUAAUGGGGACAGUUUUUGGUAAGAGGUAUGACAUGAGAGCCUCUAGCGACGAAGUCGAUGAACUUCGUGACAUCGUUAAAGAAGGGUUCGAGCUCUUGGGAGCUUUUAACUGGUCUGAUUAUCUUCCGUGGCUGAGUUACGUUUACGACCCCUUUCGAAUCGAUGUCCGUUGCUCGGCUCUCGUUCCUAGAGUCAGAAAGUUUGUCAUGAAAAUCAUUGACGAACAUCGAGUGAGGAAGUCCGGGAAUCUCUCCGAUGGUUCGGACUUCAUCAAUGUUUUGUUGUCUUUGAGCAGUGGCGAAGAGCUGAGCGAAGAUGACACGAUUGCCAUACUAUGGGAAAUGAUUUUUCGUGGCACUGACACGGUGGCGUUGUUGACUGAAUGGACCAUGGCCGAAUUAAUAUUGAACCCUAAUGCCCAGACAAAGCUUCAAAACGAACUUGACCUCGUGCUAGGAGACAAGAGCGUCAACGAUGCUGAUGUGGCCAAACUGCCCUACCUCCAAGCCGUAGUGAAGGAGACCCUGCGAGUCCACCCACCCGGACCCUUGCUGUCAUGGGCCAGGCUGUCCACGUCUGACGUCCACCUCAGCAAUGGCAUGGUGGUCCCACCCGGCACAACAGCCAUGGUCAACAUGUGGGCCAUCACCCACGACCCCAAUGUGUGGAAAGACCCUCUGGCUUUUAGGCCCGAGAGGUUCUUGGAUGGCACGGCUUUCGACGAUGGCAUCAUUAACUUCGACGUGAGGGGCGUCGACCUAAGGCUUGCACCGUUCGGGGCGGGCCGUCGGUCCUGCCCCGGCAAGAACUUGGGUCUGGCGACAGUCGGCCUUUGGGUGGCCAAAUUGGUGCGUCACUUCAAUUGGGUCCCACAUGAGUCCCACCCCGUCGAUCUCACCGAGCUCCUCAAGCUUUCAUGCGAGAUGAAGAAACCUCUUUGUGCAGUAGCCGUUCCGAGAGGCGGGAGACAUUAGUCGAGAUUCUCGAAAACCACUGUGUUUCUUGUUAUAAACCUAAUGAAUAAAUGGAUCCUUGGCUUACU